AUGACGGCCCAUGCGGAUGACGUACUCACCAAAGAAGAGCAGAUAGCGCUGCUGUUCAAAGCCAGGCGCAAGUGCGAAAGCCUUGUCAAGUCGAGGCAAGGCAAACUUCCUGGUGGUAACUGCUCACCAGAAUGGGACGGCAUUGUGUGUUGGCCUGAAAGUUCUGCAGGAAAGCUUGUGUCCACCUCAUGCCCGGAGUACAUCUACGACUUCAACCACAGAGGACGAGCAUACCGUCGAUGUGACAGCAACGGGACGUGGGAGAUCUCCGCAGCAAACAACAAGACGUGGGCAAAUUAUAGCGAAUGUGCCAAAUUCCUUUAUCAUUACAACCAGAGCCAGGAGAAGGAUGUAUUUCAUCGUUUGUACCUCAUCUACACUGUGGGCUACUCCGUCUCGCUUGGUUCUCUCAUAGUGGCUGUGGUCAUCUUGGGAUAUUUUCGACGUCUGCAUUGCACCAGAAACUACAUCCACAUGCACCUGUUCGUAUCCUACAUGUUGAGAGCUGUGAGCAUCUUUGUCAAGGACGUUGUGCUGUAUUCGGGAUCCGCUUUGGAAGAUGUGGAGCGAGUCACAGUGGAGGAACUCAAGUCCAUCACUGAGGCUCCCCCGGCCAACAAAGCACAUUUUAUUGGCUGCAAGGCGGCCGUGACGCUGUUCAUGUACUUCCUGGCGACCAACUACUUCUGGAUCCUGGUGGAGGGUCUGUACCUCCACAGCCUCAUUUUCAUGACCUUCUUCUCGGACCGAAAAUAUCUUUGGGGCUUCACUCUGAUCGGAUGGGGUGUGCCGGCCAUGUUUGUGAGCAUUUGGGCGACAGUAAGGGCCACAUUUGCUGACACAGAGUGCUGGGACCUAAGUGCCGGCAAUUUGAAAUGGAUUUAUCAAGUGCCUAUACUUGCAGCUGUCGUGGUCAAUUUUGUCUUAUUUUUAAAUAUCAUAAGAGUCUUAGCAACCAAACUGCGAGAGACCAAUGCGGGAAGAUGCGACACCAGACAACAGUACAGAAAACUGUUGAAGUCCACAUUGGUGUUGAUGCCGUUGUUUGGCGUGCACUACAUCAUAUUCAACGCCAUGCCUUAUACAGACGUGUCCGGAAUCCCAUGGCAGAUCCAGAUGCACUACGAGAUGCUCUUCAACUCCUUCCAGGGCUUCCUCGUGGCAAUUAUUUACUGCUUUUGCAAUGGAGAGGUGCAAGCAGAGAUCAAAAAGUCGUGGAGCCGUCGAACUCUAGCACUGGACUUUAAGCGGAAAGCGCGCAGCGGCAGCAACACGUACAGCUACGGUCCCAUGGUGUCGCACACCAGUGUAACCAACGUGACCGCACGUGCGCCGCACGCCUUACACCUCACUACCCGGCUGGGCCCGGCGCCUGUCAACGGCCACCGCAACCUGCCCGGCUACAUCAAGAACGGCUCCAUGUCCGAGUGCUCGGCUCCGUCGUCAGGCCAGGAGCUCCACGCCGCACCGGAAGAGCUCUGCGUUGAUCCUGGUCAGCAGCCACCGCCACGCGAGGAGGCCGAGGACGAGAAGCCUUCACCUGUGGUAAUCGAGGAGGAGCGGGAAACGGUUAUGUGA